AUGGUGGCCUCUUCACAACCUGGAUAUCAGCAACUUGUUCCACUGGAGAUCGCCCUCACAAUCCUGGCAAAUAAAGGCCCCAGAGUGCCAGAGAUCAUCCAGCUGCUGGACUGGAAGGACUACGAUGACCAUUUCGUCAUGAUCCUUGAAUGUCCCUCUCCUUGCGAGACUUUGGAAGACUUUGUGGGGCGUCAGGGUGGAAGUCUCAACGAGAGCUUAGCACGGCGAGUCAUGAUGCAGGUGGCUCAGGCUGCGAACGUGUGCUGCCAGCGCCAAGUGUUCCACCGUGACAUCAAACUGAACAACCUUCUCAUCAACAACCAGACAGUUGAAGUCAAACUAAUUGACUUUGGGUGUGGGGACAUUCUGAGGACAACAGUCUACAUGUCAUACUCUGGCACAGCAACAUACUCCCCUCCUGAGUUUCACAUAAAGGGAAAGUACCACGGCAAGCCUGCGACGGUUUGGUCACUGGGGGUUCUGUUAUUUAAAAUAGUGGCUGGAUAUUAUCCAAGUUUCUUAGAUCUGCACAUACUCAAACUGAACCUCUGGUCCAAAACUGGUCUGUCAAACGAAUGCUGCAGAUUGCUCCGCGCUCUCCUGCAAAUAAAGCCAAAGAACCGAAUUCAGCUGGAGGAAAUCCUUUCACACAAGUGGUUUAUGGUCACCACAUAAGACCACCUCAGAAGUUGUUGUAUCUUCAGCUCUCCAAUGGUUCCUGCAAUAGUUGCACCAGUAUCAGAGGCCCAGUCUACCACCAUGUCUGCCCUGUGCAGUCCAAAACAUCCCAGAAAAGCUGUUUUAA